AUGAUGAGAAUAUUAGCGAUAGUGUUGUCAGUCUUAGCCCUCGUCUCAGCCCAUCCUCUCAUUCAAGAGACCAAUGAUUUGGAAAUUAUUGCCAAAAAUAUUCUCUCGAACAUUUCCGGUCAUUUGAAUGCAAACCAAACUUUGAAUGAAUUUCUGUCCAAAACUGAUAUCAAUAAAAGACCUGAAAAUGAACUCAAAGCUAAUGACGGACUCAUUAUUACGGAAGCGAUCGGAAGUCUCGGAGCGACAGUUGUUUUGGUUAAAAGUGGCCAAAAGUCCGUCAAAAUAAGUAAUGUCUACGGCUUGGGUGCGGGCGCUGUGGCCAACAUUAAUGGCGCGAUCGGAAGUCUCGGAGCGACAGUUGUUUUGGUCAGAAGUGGCCAAAAGUCAGUCAAAAUAAGUAAUGUCUACGGCUUGGGUGCGGGCGCUGUGGCCAACAUUAAUGGCGGCAAAAAUGGCCGCAAAAAUGUGGACGAAAAACAAGAAGUGAAGACAAUUACCGAACCUUUAUAUGAGAAAUAUAUGAAAUCUUUGGACUCAAAGGACUCUUCGGUCGGUCUAUUGGUUUUAGCCGAAGGCGGAAACGCUGGGGAGGCUGUGAUCGCCACCCGUGAGGGUUGGCUCGACGUUAAGGGCGCCUCCGGUUUCAGACUCGGCUCUUAUACCGAAAUCUCGACCAAAGGCUAAAUUGUUCAAAAAUAUAAUGUUUUUACAGUUAUACUAUAAAUAAUUGCCACUUGUAUUUAUAUUUAUUCAUUUAUUAAUACAUAAAUAAAGUCAAAUUUAAUUUAUCAAUA